GUCAGCUACCUGAUAAGCGCUCGUACAACCGUCUGUGCUAUGCGAAAGGGAUUUGAACGAAAUGUUAACCCCGCAGUGUCCUCAGCGCUCCUUACACUCCCUCGCACUCUCAUCAUGGCGUCUGACGAUUGUUCAGAGAAGUGCUCAGACCAUGGCGCUUCUAAUGUCCCUACGAAUCCGACAUCGAUCGAUGCAUUCAGCCACUUGGUCAGAGGCUAUCCUAUGUUGGCCGGUCGUAUGGGCGUACUUCCAGAGAUCGCUAUGUUUCGCCGUUUUGGCGCGUUGAACGCACGAAAUCUCUUGUAUCUUCAGAAUGAAUUGAUUUGUCUUGAAGAAGAAUUGAUUUUGUGGGAAAAGAAAGACAACCUGAGCUCAACAGGACGCAAGAAAGACUAUGCUGGAAAUGCCUAUUGGCUGAAUUCUUCCUACCGAAGACACAAGGACGGCAGUCUAAGAGACGGUGAUACGAAGCAACGAGAUCUCUUUCAUCAGAUCAAACAGACUCUGAACGAGUACAACCAUGCUCUCAUUCAGCAAGCUACAGUAUUGCAAAUGAAAGAACCAGACAAGUUUGACUUAACUGACAUCCAGCACUUUCUCGCUGGCGAACCAAUGCGAUUAUGUCUUUGCGGUCCCGACUCAGAUGUCUACGGUAGUGUUUUACAACCUAAAGACUACAGUCACGAGCUCGUUGUUCUCCAUGCACGACGCGAUUCAGACUCGUUCUCCAGAAUUCUGGGAAACCAUGCACUCAAUGUGCUUCACACGCUCAACUUUCUGAGAUGGAGAAAGCCGAAUCCAAAACUUGGAGUCGUAUCGUUCAGUGACCAGAAGAUCUUUAAAUUCACCUUCUGGCUAACAAGCGCGAUCGCUUGCGUGAUACCGGUUGCUUCUAUUGCAGUGUUGACAACGGUCAGAUCUCUGAGCGCAAGACUUGGGACUAUUGCGGGGUUCAAUGCACUCAUAUCGUUGUGUUUAUCCUUUUUCACCGAUGCCAGGAGAGCAGAUGUAUUCUCUAUAACCGCUGCGUAAGUUUGGCGCACAAAUU